AUGUCGGACAAAGUGAUUCCCGUCCGUGUGGCAGUACGCUGUAGGCCACUUAUACCAAAAGAAGAAAAUGAAGGUUGUCAAGUGUGUGUCCAGUUUACAAAGGAUGAACCACAAAUUAUUCUUGGCAAGAUGAAAGCCUUUACCUAUGAUUAUGUAUUUAGUCCUUGUAACAGUCAGUCAGAAGUGUAUGAGAUGUCAGUUCAUCCAUUACUGAAACAUGUAUUCAAAGGGUACAAUGCCACAGUGGUAGCGUACGGCCAGACAGGCAGUGGCAAGACCUACUCCAUGGGAGGUUGUUACGAAGAAUCCCUGAAGGAAGAGGAAGCAGUGAUGGGUAUCAUUCCCCGUGUUCUAAGUGAAUUGUUCGAAGGAAUCCAAGCAAGACCUGAUUACCAAUUCACAACUAAAGUCUCAUAUAUUGAGAUACACAAUGAAGACAUUAAUGAUUUAUUGCGUCCCCCAAACAAAAGGGAGCCACUGUCCAUCAGGGAGGACAUUGACGGAGGAAUCAAGCUGCCAGGACUACAGGAAGUGGUGGUGGUAUCAUACAAGGAAACCAUGCAGUGCUUGGCUCGGGGGUCUCACAGUAGGACAACAGGAUCUACGGCCAUGAAUAACACAUCCAGUCGAUCUCAUGCCAUAUUCACUAUCACCAUUGAACAGAAGAAACGAGAUGAUAUGGAUGACUUUUGUAAAUCAAAAUUUCACUUGGUUGACUUGGCUGGAUCAGAACGAGCCAAGAGGACUCAGGCAGAGGGAGAGAGGUUUAAGGAAGGCGUUAACAUCAAUCGCGGCCUGUUAGCACUGGGUAAUGUGAUCAGCGCUCUUGGGGAGGAAGGCAGCAAGCGUAGUCACAUUCCUUAUAGGGAUUCCAAACUUACACGAUUAUUACAAGACUCACUUGGUGGGAACAGCCAUACAGUUAUGAUUGCUUGUGUUAGCCCUGCUGACUCUAACAUGGAGGAAACGCUAAACACUUUACGAUAUGCUGAUCGAGCACGCAAAAUAAAGAACAAGCCUGUGGUCAACCGGGAUCCUCAAACGGAGGAAAUCAUGAGACUGAAAUCCCUGGUCCAGAAGUUGCAGUUACAGUUAAUUGGAGGUGGCGCCACCUGUCCAGACUCAAUCUCUACCAUAAGUACAUGCAGUAGUGUGACUAGUGUAGAGUCUUCAGCGGAGGAACUCCGAGCACUCAUGGAAAAGAACAAAGUGCUUGAGGAGGAGAAUGGCAAGUUGUCAACUGAGCUGACCAGAGCAGUGGACCAGAGCACCAACAUGUGUGAGAAAGCUAUUCGAAUGGAGAUGAAGUGUGAUAAACUCAAAGCUCGUCUUCAGAACCUUAAAAAAGAUACUGGAUUGGAUUUGGAAGUCCUUAGUUCCAGCAUCGAUGUUGAGUGUAACCCAGUCCUAAAAGAACAGAUGGAUAGAUUAAAGGAGCUGGCAGACAAGAUGAAAGCUGAUUCAUCAGAAGAAGAUAAGGACCUUGUACAUGAUGUUAUAUCAGAGGAAGAUGAGGAGGAAGAAGAAGAGGGACAGGAAUGUGCCCCAGGGACACCCCAGAGCAGGGCUGUAUCUAACGAGUAUGCACUGCGACAGGCGCGUAUGAACCGGGAAUUACUCGAGCUCAACAAACUACUUGAAAAGAAGGAGCACUUGGCCUCACAGAUGACCCGAAGUGAUGAACAUAUGGACGCCAUGAAAAAACAGUAUGAGACUGCUCUAAAAGAUCUGGAAUUAGAGGUCACUAUUCUACAAAAAGAAAAGGAUGAGAUGCAAUCAGCACUUGAUUCUGCACGGGUCAACUCUAACGCAAAUAAAGUUGCUGAACAAAGAAGGAAAAGACUCAAAGAACUUGAGCAACAAAUUUCUGACCUGCGCAAGAAAAUGAACGAGCAGACAAGGCUAUUAAAGAUGAAAGAUUCUUCAGACAAGCAGGUGUCAAAGUUAAAUACAGAAAUACAGGACUUGAAGCACCAUCGUGUAAAACUGAUGAAGCAAAUGAAGGAGGAAUCAGACACGUUUCGUAAAUGGAAACAGAAGAAAGACAAGGAGGUCUUACAACUCAUGCAAAAGGACAGAAAAAGGCAAUGCGAGAUUGCAAAACUGCAAAGAGAAAACCAAAAACAGUCCAGUGUUCUCAAGAGAAAAUCAGAGGAGGCAGCAGCGGCCAACAAAAGGCUGAAGGAGGCCUUAGCUAAACAGAAACAGGUCCUAGCUGAACGCAGUUCCAAGUUACAACAGUCUGAUUCCUCCUCCAUCGGAAACAGAGUGAGGACAUGGCUGAGUCAUGAGUUCGAGAUUCGUGUGAGCAUCCGAGAGGCCAAGUACCACCUGGAGAGUCUUCUGAAUGAUCGCAAGACACUAUCAGAACAACUGCGCCAGCUUAAGGUGAAGAUAGGAGAGGAACCACCGAAAAAGAAAUUUGCAUGGGAGAAUUCUGACUGCUACAGAGUCGAGGGAAGUUUUGAAGAAGAAUCAAUUAAAAAUCAAAUCCAGGUGGUUGAACAAGAAAUCAGUCUGAGGAAUGCCCAGAUCUCGGACCUACAGCAGAAAAUUGUAGACGCUGAUCAAAGUAAUUCUGGAAUGAAAUGGUUGCUAGAACAGGCUGUAACAUCUCGAGUGGAAGUGAACCGUGCACAGAGUGAACUGCGUGACUCGCAAAUGAACCAUGUGGACAAGAAGGAAGAAAUAACUACUCUUGAGGAGGAAGUGACAGCCCUGAAGAAAAAACAUGAUGCUGACAUGACACAGCUACAGAAAAAACAUGAGGAAAAGGUUCUUUACCUCCUCCAGCGAGUGAAGAACAUCCCUGCUGAUGGUGAUUCACAACAAACGUUACAGAUCCAGCAACAAGAAAUUGAAAAAUUAAGUGCCCUGCAUGAGGAGCUGACAAAGAAGACGGAAGAAUGUAACAAACUGAAAAAGCAACUGACCAAAGCUACAUACCAGAAUAAAGCUCUUGCUUUGAUGCCAGACAUUGAAAACCCAGAAUCCUCUCCAUUCUUUUCUCCUGAAAUGAAAAGAAGGAAAAAAAGAUCUGUGGCCCAACAACCCAAAAAGAAGUCUAGCAGUCGAUUAGUGACUUACGAGGAACAUGCUCUGGACUGGGAGGAAGAGGAAGAAGAGUCACAGGAUAACGAAAAUGACCCAGACUGGGUCAAGACCCCAUUAUUUAAAAAGAAGAAAGCAUCACGCAAGACAAUGAUACCAGAUCAAAGAAAACAUUCAAUGGAGGAGUUACAGAAUGAAGUUUCUAAUGACACAACAUCAUCCUCGCUAAACAGCACAUAUAACCUGGAAGAGAAUGCCGAGGCCAUGAAUCCUCCAGCAGCCACUAAAUCCAAGAAAGGACGACCAAAAAAGCGCAUCCUGGAUGCUAUCCCAACCAAUCAGAGUGUGAGAAGCUCAGACGAGUUUGAAUCUUUACCACAAAAAUCACUGCAUGAGGACACUAGUGAAAAUAACACUUUGUCAAAAGGAGUCAAGCAGAAAAAACGAAAGCUUCUCAGUUCAGAUAACAGUUUUUUCAAACCCUUGGUGUGA